AUGACCGCAAAGACCCUGGACAAAGUGUCUGUGAGCCUGGGGGGCUACGGACACCCGGGGCCUGAGAGCAUGUACACCAUGGAAGACAUCUCCAGCACCCUCCACGCCUCCGCCCCUUUCAGUGGCGAGUUGGGCCACUACGAUCCAGCGACCUCAGAACCGGUGCUGGACCACUCCGCGGAGAGACUGUCCUACUGCGGCUUGGCUCCUGCUAUGGCCCCGGGUCCCCGUCAGACGUUCACCUACAUGGGCAAGUUCUCCAUAGACUCCCAGUACCCGGGCUCCUGGAGCCCCGAGGGGGUCAUUAACAUCGUGUCAGGGAUCUUCAACGUGGCGCAGCCUCCGCCCCCCUCCUCUUCAUGCUCCUCUUCAUCCUCCCGCUCUCCCGGUCACUUAUCCCGUGCACAGAGCUGCAUGGCACAGACCGAGGAGCAGAUGUACUCCCCACCGCCACCGUACACGUCCACCUGUGGAGAGUUUCAGGACCCGUCAGCUUUCCUGGCGCCCUCCGGGCCCAUGUCUUACCCACCACCCUCCUACUCUUCCCCAAAGCCCGGGGCUGGAGAUCCAGGGCUGUUCCCUCUCCUCCCGGACUACACGGGCUUCUUCCAACCCGCGUGUCAGAGAGAGGCCCCUGAGAGGAAGCCCUUUGGCCCGUGUCCGUUAGACACGUUUCGCGUCCCACCGCCACUGACCCCGUUGAACACCAUCAGGAACUUCACCCUCGGGGCCCCUGCAGGCCUGGAGGCAGGCUCCCGACUGCCCUCCGCGUACAGCCCACAGAACCUGCCCCUUCGGCCCAUUCUGCGGCCCCGGAAAUACCCGAACCGCCCCAGCAAAACCCCGGUGCACGAGAGGCCAUACCCGUGCCCGGCAGAGGGUUGUGACCGCCGCUUCUCUCGCUCAGAUGAACUCACGCGUCACAUACGCAUCCACACCGGACACAAGCCCUUCCAGUGCCGCAUCUGUAUGCGCAACUUCAGCCGCAGCGACCACCUGACCACGCACAUCCGCACGCACACGGGCGAGAAGCCCUUUGCCUGCGACUUCUGCGGACGUAAGUUUGCGCGCAGUGACGAGAGAAAGCGGCACACGAAGAUCCACCUGCGGCAGAAGGAGCGGAAGUCCUCCGCCGCAUCUGCGUCUGGCUCAGCGCUUUGUUCGUAG